AUGAUGUUUUUAUACAUGUGGGAGGCCGCCCUGAGUGACUUAGGCAACCCCAUAAGAUGUGUGGGAUAUAAUUAUCCUUAUGGAGUGGGACGUCCCGCUUUUCCUCAGAGAAAUGUCGGAGGCUCUGCCUUUCUCCUGCCCUCCCUCGGCCGCCUCGCCCCUUUUAAGGAGCGGGCAUGGCGGGUGCGGCUCCCGCGCCCCUUUCCUCCUCCGCCAAAGGCGCCCCGCCAAGCCUCGCUCUCCCUUCCGCGGAAGGAACGAGAAGAGCCCAAGAUGGCGGUCGCCUCAGCGGCAGCGAUCACCUCCGAGCAGCAAAGUUCUAAUGGUCCCGUGAAGAAAUCGAUGCGUGAGAAAGCUGUGGAGCGGAGGAAUAUUAACAAAGAACACAACAGUAACUUCAAGGCUGGAUAUAUUCCAAUUGAUGAAGAUCGUCUGCACAAAACUGGCUUGCGAGGCCGAAAAGGCAACUUGGCCAUUUGUGUGAUAGUCCUCCUGUUUAUUUUGGCUGUCAUCAAUUUGAUUAUUACGCUUAUCAUCUGGACUGUAAUUCGCAUUGGACCCAGCGGCUGUGACAGCAUGGAGUUUCAUGAUAGCGGCUUAUUGCGAUUUAAACAAGACUCUGACAUGGGAAUUAUACAUCCAUUGUAUAAGAGCACAGUCGGAGGUCGACGUAAUGAGGAUUUGGUGAUUGUUGGAGAGAACCAGCCAAUUGUGUUUCAGCAAGGGGAAACAAAACUUAGUGUUGCAAAGAAUGGAACCUCAAUUACAAGUGAUAUUGGUAUGGAAUUUGUUGACCCACGGACUCAGAAUACUUUGUUUAGCACUGACUAUAAUACUCACGAGUUUCAUUUGCCAACUGGAGUAAAAAUUUUGAAUGUUCAAAAAGCAUCUACGGAGAGGAUUACUAGCAACGCUACCAGUGAUCUGAAUAUAAAGGUUGAUGGACGUGCCAUUGUCCGUGGAAAUGAAGGUGUUUUCAUCAUGGGCAAAACCAUCGAGUUUCAUAUGGGGGGCAAUAUGGAACUGAAAGCAGAUAAGAGCAUUGUUCUAAAUGGAAGUGUGAUGCUCAACACAGCUCGACUGCCGAGUCCUUCACAUGGGGAGAAAUUAAACAAUGGCGACUGGGAACGCUACAAGCUUUGCAUGUGCUCCGACGGGACUCUAUUCCGCAUUCCAGUUAAGAGCCGCAACAUGGGUUGCCAAACCUCAGUUAAUCCCUGCGGUAAUACCUAUUAAAAGCAAAACAGGGCACUAUCAAACGAGGAGGAGUUUAGGUUUAAAACAGUUGCAUGUUUGCAAGCUUUUUUUGUUGUUGUUUUCACCACACUUGUAAAAGAACUACAUGAAGCACUUUUUUUAUCCAGGACACUGCAUUGAACAGAUUCUUUUAAACAUGAGUCGUAUCAUCAGACAAUUUGCGCUACAUAUUACUGUAUUUCAGUAAGGUACUUAAGUACAUUCAUCACUCCGGAAGUACUUUAGGAUAUAGCUGAAUUGAAGUCACUGAAAUCUUUGUGAAAGGUCUAAUGGUGCCAAUCUCUGGCUUAUCUCACCUUUGCAAGCGUACUUUCUGCAAGUGGUGAGAACCUUCGGAUAUGCACAGAUCAGUGUAUAUGGAUUUGAGAAUAGGAUGGCCUCACCCACUACUGGCAUAUGGGCUUCUGAAAAUUGGCUGGGUGGUGAGCAUGGCCUUGGGCCAAAAAUGGAUAGUCAUGCCUUGGCUAGAGGUUGUGUGCCUACAUGGCAGUCUUCAUUCAUGUGCCCCCUAGCGGUGCAUGAUCAUCUCACAUACCCCACCCUUUGUUUUCAUAUAUGCCUCAACAGAAUAUGCUGAGCCGUAUUUGGGGGGGGGGGGACACGUCUGAACUGUGGUGCUUUGAAUCUUUUAGGAUUAUGCAGAGACUCUUCACCAACAGCCCAAGUUUCCGUAUAAAUAGGUUGGCACUUCAUCUGGGCAAAUAUCACAAACAAGAGAUUAGUUUUUAAAAAGACUUCGGGUGCUUCAGGGUGUUGAGUACAUUCUGUUUGAUCUCCCUUUUUAGCCCCUCCUGUGGGUUGUCUGUGCAAAAUAUUUAUAAGAAAGGAGAGGCUCUACAGGAACAAAAUUCAGAAACAGUUAUGAAAUAUUUUGAAGUACAGGACGCCAUCAAUGUAUUGGCUUCCCUCUGCUGUCUUCAUAGGUUCUGCAUUUUAUUUGAAUAUUAUAAAUUAUUUUUAAAGCCUGCUUUUAGCAAUAGUAACAAACAGCUUAUUUUCCCACAGAGAAAAAUAACAUUCUUGAGAUAAUUUUUAGUUUAAACUGCUUUUUAAACGAGAAAAAAAUUGGAAGGCAGUUCGGAGACUAAUUGGGAGAUUAAAAAAAACAAACCCUCAUGUUGGCAGGCUAUAAGUGCAAACCUGACUUGCACAUUCUGUAGAGAAAGAAAAUGGUGAUACAUUUAUCUGCGUGAACAGCAUUCAAAGCUCUACUGAGAAAUAUGAUUGGGGCUAUUCUAUAACUACCCUCUGCAACUAAUUCCAACCAAUCACUUCAUAGUGCACACACAGAAAAUACAGUUAAUUCAGUGUAGCACUUCAUUGGUACGGGUUGGAUAUAUUUAAAUGUCAUUAUGAAAUGGCGUAUUAAAACUACUAAACCAAAAUUAUCACAGCUCCUGUUAACCCAUUAGCUGCUUUUGGCAGAAACAAUUGGGUUUAUAUUAGUUACUUUGUUACUUUUGAACUUUAAAUUAUUCCUUUUAAUUCCUCUUUUAACUUGCUAUUUAUGUAUUAGCCCUAUACAGGGAUAACAAUACUGAUUUACAUUAUCUCAGGACUCACAGCAGUGACAUAAGGCACGUGAAAUGCUUUGAACACAUGACAUGUGUUACAUAAGUGGUAAAUAUUAGUACAGCUUCAGCCUCUUCAUGCCCUGAAAGAAUGGGGUUAAAAGCAAAAACCGUCAGGCAGCUGAAUGGUGCCAUCAAAAUUUGCAGGAUAAUUUGUAUGCUAAUCAUAUGCUAGAGUUUUGAUGCAUUUUAUCAGAGCUGAAUGUGUCAAGCAGCCAGGCAAUUGUUCAUUUUGAUUCUGGCAGUCGAUAGCCUCCUAACAGCAUAGUUUAGGCCACUUUGACUACAAAAUAGCAGGAACCCUAACAUGAAAUGCAAAGGUUAGCAAAGGACUUACUUUAAAUAUUAACAAAAGCAAACAAAGUAUCAACACAUUGAAGUCAGUGAAAUCUUCCUUUUAGUAGAAUUUUAGGACUGACAAUAUUUGGAAGGCAAGAGUUCUUCUGGCUUGAAUCCAAGGAAGCCCAUGCAUGCAUCUGAAGUACUUUUGAACACACAGGGCCUUCGCUAAUGUUUAUUUCCCAUGGCAGCCCUUCAGAGAGCAUCAGGUGCUACUCUGGAUGCUGACACAACUUUCAGCAUCUGCCAUUGGGGGAUAAGGGUAGAGUGGAAUGAAAGGUCCAGCAUAUAUGUAAGAGACAUUUUUUAAAAUGCACUGUGGGAACAAUGAAGAAAGCUCAUUUAUAACAGGCAUUUGGCUCAGAGCAUCCCUUCACAGGAUACCAGUCUGCUUAAAACUGUUGAUCCUAUUGUUAAGCCAGUCAACCUGCAAGUGCUACUAUGUGCCAAUACUAAAUUUGGAGAGCAAGGUCCUAAAGGAAAACCCAAAUAGUAGCAAUAAACUUUAAAAGGGUUUAUAAUUGAACACUCCUAAACAAUCUCUGCAAAUGUAUUUUUUCACUGUGGUGCUGUUGCUAUUUAUUUGCACAUUUUUUUACUAAAAAGUUUCUUUAUACAAAAUGAAAGUGUUAUUAUUGGUUUUUAACUUGCUGUGCUGCUUUCUGUGUGUGGCUGUUUUUUUGUUUUUUUUAGGACAGGACUUUUCUAAUCCUUUUAUGCCUUUGAUUCUGAUGAGCUGUAUACAAACUGUACCUCUGCAUUGAGGAGCAGUUUGGACAUCUAACAAUUGCUAAGAGAUGUUCUCCUGUACACCUUUGUAAACUUUUAUUUCAAAAUAAAACUAUAUGGGAUAGUCCAUUUGAAAUGG